UCUCUCUCUCUCUCUCCUCUCGCCAUCUUAUCAGGUCGAGCGCGUUUCGCUUUUUUCGAGUGUUGGGCUGUGCGAUGCACCUCGACAUGAUGGCUUUAACAUAUUGUUAUUACUAGUUAUUAUUAUAGUCAUUGCUUUCAACUUUGCCUCCGUCCAACCCAAGCCAACUUCAGUUUCGUGAGGUUGUUUAUUUGUGCUCCUUACAGCUGAAUCCACCGCCUCUCUCUCCCCUCUCUCUCUUUCCCUCUCUCAAACGCCACAUAAAUGUACAGAGUUGCAGAGAAGUCUGAAACAGAGAGAGAGAGAGAGACGGGAAGAAAAGAGCAAAAGGUUAAUGCUCUGCACCAACCGCCUUGCUCUUUCUUAAAACCCUCAAGCCUCUCGUUCCUCUGAGCUCGCCGCUUCACUCACGCACACACACAGUCUCUACUUCCUCCUCACUGUAUCAGGACGAAAGGAUGAGUAAACAGGAUGUCAUGAAGAUGCAGACGUGGGUUCUCAGGGUGAACAUACACUGUGAUGGAUGUAAGGACAAGGUCAGAAAGCUGCUAAAGAAGACUGAGGGGGUGUACUCUGCUAGUAUAGAUGCAGAGCAAAGCAAGGUAACAGUGACUGGUCUGAUAGAUCCAUACACGCUCAUCAAGAAGCUUGAGAAGUCGGGGAAACAUGCAGAGCUCUGGGGAGGAUCAGGAGGACCCAAGAACAACAACAACAACAACAACCAACACCAAUUCAACCAAAACCUUCUCAAUCUCAACCACCAAUUCAAAAACUUGCAAAUGGAGAAUGUCAAAGGAGGCAAGGACAACAAGUCUCAAAAGGGUAAUAACGGAAAAGACCAGCAAAUCCAGCAGCAGCUGGCUCAGCUGCAGCAGCAGUACAUGAAGGGCGGUGCUAAAGAUCUGAAGCUGCCUUCUAAGGAACAGAAGACUGUCAAGUUCAACUUGCCUGAGGAUGAUUUUGGGGCAAGUGAGGAUGAUUUUGACGAUGAAUUUGAUGACGAGUAUGAUAGCGAGUUUGAUGAUGAAUUGUAUGAUGAUGAGUUUGAGGAGGAGUUUGGCCAUGGCCAUGGCCAUGUUCCUUCUAAGCAAGCCAAGAUGGGCGGGGGCGGUGGUGCGCAUGGACAUCAAGGGGCUAAAGGGAAAGGCGAUAAAAAAGGCGACGGCGGCAAAGGGGGGAAAGGCGACGGCAAAACCGCCAAGAAAGGCAGCGUCUUCGACAUACAAGGGUUGAUGAAGGUGUUUGGUGGUGGGAAAGGCGGUGGUGGUAAUGGGAAAAAGGGUAAAGAGGGAAAGAAAAACGAUGGUAAAAACGGUGGCAAGCACAAAGGAGGUGGUGGUGGUAAAAAUGGAGGCAAAAAUGGUGGUGACUUGCUAGGAAACGGCGGCAAGAAUGGAUUCAAUGAAGGGUCCGGUAAGAAGAACAAGGGCGGCAACGGCGGCGGCGGCAAUGGAGGUGGCGGUGGAAACUUUAAUGGUGGUGGCGGUAAAAAAGGGGGAGGAGGAGGAGGAGGAGGAGGCGGAGGCAAGGGUGAUGGGGGGGCCUUUGCAAUGAAUAUGAUGCAACCUGGAUUCCUCCAGGGUGCUAAUCAUGGCAAGGCCACAGGUGGUGGUGGCUUUGUGGGCCCAAUGGGCCCGAUGGGCCAGAUGGGCAACUACCCAAUGGGCCAGAUGGGCCACAUCCCAGCAGUGCAAGGGCUACCAAUGAAUGGCGGGUACAAUCAAGGAAUGGGCCCGGGGAACCCGUACAGCCAACAACAGUACAUGAACAUGAUGAUGAAUCACCAGGCCCAGGCACAGGCCCAGGCCCACCAGGCCUACGGGAACAAUAUGUACCAGCCGAUGAUGUAUGCCCGGCCGCAAGCGCCGGUGGGCUACGUCCCGCCGAUGCCGCCCCCGGCUUCGGAUCCUUACGUCCACAUGUUCAGCGACGAGAACACCGACAGCUGCAGCGUCAUGUAAAUUCCUGGCUGAUGCUGGUGUGGCAGCGUAGCGGGGUCGUGGCCACUUUAGGAUUUCAAUUUUGUUGGGUAGGUUUUGUGACUUCUUAUGAAGGAGCCUUUUGGUUGCAAUGAGAGUGCAAGGUCUUUGAAAAGUACCAUACCUCAUGUCUCACUAAUGAAGAAUUCAUAUCGAUUCCUCUAA